CAAAGAAUGAACAAUUGGGGUCGUCCCAUAGAAAUUAUAUUUAACCAACCGGCCACUUUGGUAUUUCAAUAUGGUUUUCCCAUAGUAAGUGGUUGGAUAAUGCGACUACGGUCAUGAAAAUGACAGGAGACAAAAUACCUGGUUUCCUGGUUUUCACCACGAGUCGCGGCCAAAAGGUAAUGCGUAGGCUAUUGGUCAGUUCUUGCAUUCUCAGUUAACUGACUAUUAAGACGAAAGCAAUGACUUACAAUUUCGUUUCAUUUGCCAGAGUUUCUUUUAGGCCUACAUUAUGGUCACUUGGUCUGCGGAAAUUACAAUUAAUUGAAUUAAUUAAUGUAAUUUAAUAGUAAUUUAAUAGUUUCAGCUAAAUCUCUCAGCAUCCCAUCCAGUUCGUGGGGACAUGGGUAGCACACAUCCAUGCAGGCUUCAGGAAUGCUGCUCUGUAGGCUACCUGCUGCUGCUGCUACUCCUACGCUCCUGUAGAAAGGCAUUACCUCACCUCUGUUGUUUGCUCAAAUCAGGGAAAAGUUGUCAUCUUUCUUUCAGUUUCCUGUUGUCAAUUCCUCAGCGCCCAACCACAGAAACAAUGGGUCCGUCGCACAAUGAGCGAGCUAGAGAAACUGAAAUACCAGGGAAAAGAACUAGAAAGAUGUUCAGAGUCAAUGGCUGAGAAGAAUAUUUCAGUGAUUCCCCACCUCGAAAAGCAAAACGAUCGUAUAAUAAAAUUGACAUUUGACCUGGCAUCAAACCUCUUCCAAAAAAACGUGACCAAUUCCAAAUGGGACACUAAAGUGUUGCAGGCUGUGCUGGAACUUCUUCGCCCGGAGCACACUGGCAUUUCUGAUCCAAGUCCACCCAUAGACCUUAUUAAGGGGGUCCAUGCCCAUUUUACGCAACUUGAGGAUCUUCUCUCACAUGAGAACUUCAGUAUGUGUGCCUGGGAGACGGUGCGGAUGCAGGUGAGGAUCACACUGCACAGAUUCCUCAUUCGUCUCCGCCAGCUCCGAGCCCGAAACCAGGGAAAGAAGGAAUAGAGGCUGGACUACUUCUCUCAUGGAUGUGGAAAAUCGCGUGUGUGGUUUAUUCCUUAAACUUACAUUUGAUAUUGUUUUUCCCCCAAGAGGACCACAACAAAAAUCAACUGUUGCGACCAAAAGUCAAUAUUAGCCUGCCAGGUUUUCCUUUGCCUAUGUUUGGUCGUUCCUUUCUCUGAAUUCAAACUGUACAAAUGAGUUUGUUUUAUGUAGUCUUUAUAUUAAUUUAAUAUUUAUUAUUUAAAAUGGCAUA